CAACAAAAUCUUCCUUACAACCAUUUUUUUCUUUUCUUUUAUGUUUCUGUUAUUGUAAAAGAAAAAAAAAACUAAAACGCAAUUUUCAGGUGAUCUAGAUUUGUUUAUGUUUUGACCACCAAAAUCUUCUUCGUAGCGUAACUAUUAUCGGAUCGUGUUGAUCAACGGGAGGGAUAUACGCUAAUCCAAACCGAUAAAGGAGUUUCGUUUUUCAGGUUGCAUCUUUUAGACAUGUGAGUUGAUUAUUUGUUGUUUUGUCGCCUGUUUGAGAUUUUGAUUAUCGAUCAAUGUCUUUCCCACACCCGUUGAGAGCCUUCUCGGUAGGUGCUCAAUCGACUGCGCACUUAGCAGAGAAAACAACGGAAGAUCCUAUAGUCAAUAAAACAAAUCAGAGCACGGUAACAUGCGUCUAUCAGACACAUAUUUCAGGAUAUUGGUGCAAUGUUACAGUUUUAUGGUGCAAAAAUCUUAUGAAUCAUUCCCUGAACCUCAUCUUAAACAAUCCCGAAGGCGGCCAAAGUUUUUACAGCUGCAAGAUUGACCUUAAGCCUUGGCUGUUUUGGAGCAAAAAAGGGACUAAAUCCUUUGAGCUUGAAGGUUGCCAAGUAGAAAUUCAAUGGGAUCUUCGUUCAGCUAGAUUUUCGAGUAGCCCAGAACCGUACGGAGAAUAUUUUGUCGCGAUAGUUUCUGAUGGAGAGGUUGUGCUAUUGCUGGGAGAUCUCAAGAAGAAAGCUUAUAAGAAGACAAAAUCAAGGCCUGCUCUCGUAGAUCCUAUCCUGUUUUACAAAAAGGAAAACGUUUUCGCAAAGAAAUCCUUCGCAACCAGAGCUAAAUUCGAUGAAAGGAAACAAGAACAUGAUAUUGCGGUGGAAAGUUCAACGUCAGGGCCUAAAGAUCCUGAGAUGUGGAUCAGCAUAGAUGGCAUUGUAGUAGUUCAUGUGAAGAAUUUGCAAUGGAAAUUCAGAGGGAACCAAACUGUUAUCGUAAAUAAGCUACCGGUGCAAGUUUUCUGGGACGUUCAUGACUGGCUAUUUAAUGCCCCGGGAACGGGUCAUGGUUUGUUCAUAUUUAAACCGAGAGUAUCAGAUUCCGAUGAUGACAGAGAAGAUAGCACUCAUGGUACCAACAGUGAUACCAGCGACGGAAGCAAGUAUUUUUCGACGAAAAGCACCACACCUAUACCUGAAUUUACCCUUUUUCUUUACGCAUGGAAGAUAGAAUGAAGCUCAUUCUCUGAAUUUGACGAUGGCAACAGAGGGUAAUCGUCUAGAUUUUUUUUAUCUCAAGCCGGUAGAAUUUAGCCUGUAAAAUCAAUCACAUACAUGGGUCUGAACUCUGAACCCUUUUCAUCAUGUAUAUUACAUUAAUUAUUUAUUUAGUUUCAUAGGAAGCAUGGUUCAAAUUUCCUACUAGAUGUACCCUGCACAGUUAUAUCACAGACCGUGACAGACAUUUGCUUAGUCGUGCAGGGAUAUCAAUAACUCAUCAUGUCUUCUCAUUCAAGAACUAAUUUAAAUUGUUAAUGCAAAAUUUUCCGACUGGACAAA